CCUAAUCAUUCUUGUUCCUGUGCACUGUCUAGGUGUAUUAUUGGAUGAGCUUAUGCUCUCACCCGUGAUGUCUUGAUGCUUGCAGCAUAUAGAAACCAAGGGAUUUAUCUGACACUGCAGGAUCCUGCAUCUGAAUCAUGCCGGCUCUUUGGUCUGCGAAUGCUUUUCUCUGUGGUUUGUUCACAACAGUUUAUAUACAUCGCAAACCUGUCCGCGGCGAUGUCGCGCUUUUAUCCAUGAUAUUUUGGACCUGCCUUGUCGCUGAAUGUUACAAGAUCGUCUUUGGAACUUCUUUCCUUCACGCGGUCCAAUUUUCGGCAUAUUUCUCAGGAAUUCAUUUGUUAACUAUCGGCAUGCUAACUAUUGUGUAUCGUAUUUGCCCUUUCCAUCCUCUUUACCGGAUUCCAGGGCCUCUUUUGCAUCGCAUUACGAGUCUGAAUAUGGUCCUUAUGGUGUCUUCUGGAUAUAGAUAUCGCAGGAUGAGAGCGCUCCAUCAAAAGUAUGGGAAAUUUGUUAGAACUGGACCUAAUACGGUGUCCAUUUACAGUUCUCAGCCCAUAGCAAUGAUAUAUUCGACGGCGUCGGCAUGGAAUAAAAGUGCUGCAUAUAAUCUUUCUGGGCCGGGAUAUGGGCUGUUCUUCAUCGAAGAUAAGGAGACACAUAAUGUUCGCCAACGACACUUUUGGGCACCAGCAUUUACAGCAGAAGCACUAUCUGACUAUGAACCAAUGCUUGAGCGCCGCACAGAAAAUCUGUUGAAGGCUCUCACGACCCGACAACAGAAUUCGAGGUUGAAGAGAUGUGUUGACAUGUCACUGGCGCUUCAACAGUGGUCUCAUGACGUGACGAAUGAAAUUAUCUUCGGGGACACAUACGAUAUGGACCUCCUAAUGAAUGGUGAUGAUGAUCAUCUUGUGGAAGGCACUCUUCUUGAAGCUCAGAUGUUUGAAGCGUUGGGGGAGUCGCCGUCAUUGUUUCAUGUCCUCUGGCACCUCCCGGCAACUCGAAUCUUUCGCAUAAUGGACAACGUUGUUCGUCGCAGUGUGGAACGCCGUAAGCGACUGGGUUCUCAACAGGCUGACCUCAUGACACAUUUGCUCAGCGAUAGACCCAAUGGUAUCACUAAACUCACCGACGCUGACAUAAGGAAAGAAACGAUCCUGGCGAUUCAAGCAGGGACCAACGGGAUUUCAUCCGCUUUGACAUUCUCAUUCUUCUACUUAGCCAUGAAUAUGGAUGUCCAACAUCGUCUACAAGAGGAGCUGAAGCAAGUGUUCCGUGACCGCGAAAUCUUGGACUCGAGAGCACUUCAGGACCUUCCGUACCUCAACGCCGUGGUCAUGGAGUCAAUGCGUCUUGGCGCACCUCUAGGCUCGUUCUAUCGUUUGGUUCCAAAGGGUGGUGCGAGCAUCGAAGGGGAGUACUUUCGCCAAGACACGAUCAUUGGUAUUCCAGCCUGGGGCCAGAUGGUUUCCGAAGAUAAUUUCUAUCCGGAACCAUUUGCAUUCUUGCCUCAGCGCUGGCUUCCAGACGGACUCGGUGAAGGUUCCCGCCUGAAUAAAGGGGCAAUGAUGACCUUUUCGCAUGGUCCUUUCGGCUGCAUUGGAAAGCAGCUUGCGCAUUUAGAAAUGCGUCUCGUUCUAUCGAAAAUUCUGCUGCGGCACACUCUGGAGUUACCCCCGGAAUUUGUUCCUGAUAAGUUUCUCGAGAGCGUACAGAACAGAAGAGUUACUACUUUCCCGUAUCCUUUAUUAGUAACACUUUCUGAGGAGCACGACGUGCUGUAGAUUUGUCUCCUUGAUGACUCCUGAAUAUAAAAUUUUCGAUC